GAUGCACAAGUUUCGGCGCUCGGUGAAGGACGUGAUCGGCGUGGUGAAGGUGUGCCAGACCACUCUGAGGAAGAGGCUAACAGAGUUUGAGGACACGCCCACCAGUCAGCUGACCAUCGAUGAGUUCAUGCGGGUGGAUCUGGAGCAGGAAUGUGAUCCGCCGUCCUUCACUGCCGGCCAGCACAAAGUCAAGAUGCAGCAGCUGGAGCAGGAGCUGGCCCGGAAGCUGGACGAGGUCGAAGGAGAAAUCAGCUGCUACAAGGAGGAGAUCGAGACGGAGCUGGAAAAGAGCCGGCCCAAACUCAGGGGGAUCUACGCCACCUACGCCAAGGAAAUGGAUCCAGAGGAUGAGGACGUCCUGUCCUCUCCGUCCGACCCGGAGGACAAGGAGGACAAGGAGGGGGACGACGCCGACCUGCAGGCCGCCGCCCAGCGGCUGACGCAGGACUUCCUGUGUCAGGUGAUCCAGGAGGAGGAGGGGGGCGGGGCGCCACAGGAAGCGGAAACAGAGGGAGCCGGGCUACCCGCCCAGGGCGCCCCUCUGGCCUCCAUCCUGGGGAACGCCAGCCUGGGCCUCCAGGAGAGCUUUCACACCUUCAAUCUGCCAGAACCGGACCAGAACCCAGACGAGGAUCCAUCCCCGAGCGGCGAGCUGGACCUGGAAGGAAUCGACGAUCAGGAGAUCGAUAAGUACAUCCUGAACGAGAAUGAGGUGGAGGUGAAGACUGAGCUGUGGACCAAGCAGAACGCAGACUACCUGAGGGAGCAGAAGGAGAAGGAGGAGAGAAUCACCAAGGAGAAGGAGCAGGGCACCUACAAGGAGAAGAAGAAGAAAUACAAGAAGCGAGAGCAGAUUGAGGCGGCCACGGCGGGCGAGGCCAUCGAGAAGAUGCUGGAGAGGAAGAAGAUCUCCAGUAAGAUCAACUACGACGUCCUGAGAGACCUGAACCAGCCAGCAGGAAGUCCCGCCUCCGAGCCCCCAGAGGGCGCCGCCGUCGCCCCGCGCAAACGCCUGAGCCGCCGCCGCAGGAAGGCCGGCGACGCCAACGCAGACCUGUCCGCCGGCGCCACCAUGAUGACCAAGAGGUUCCGGCGCCUCAUUUCCUCCACACCACGGAGAAAGAAAGCUGCUCUGCAGGUGGAAACAGCAGUCGUCAUGGAAACGGCCUCAGAGGCCGUACCUGAAGCUCCUCCUGCAGCUGACCCAGGCCCCGCCCCUGCCGAAGCCCCGCCCCCAGUGGAGACAGAGGAAGAGGAGGAGGAGGCAGAGGAAGACUGCGUCAGCGCCCUGCGGCUGGUUGGAGAUUACGGCUGUGAGGAAGAGGAAGUGUUUUAGCUCCGCCCACCCUGAACAAACUCCGUCCAGCCAAUCAGAGGCCAGCAGAGCGAUGGAAGAACCAGAGCUCGGCAGAACUUUUCCCUUUGAGGCGACUCGGACCGAGCCGGAACCGACAGAACCGGCAUGGGACAGGAAGUGUGUGUUGCUGUAUUGUGAUGAUGAAAUGUGCGACCCGAACAGAAUCAUGAAACAUUCCAUAAUAAACGGACUGAAAGUCCAGUCGGUU